ACAACGAUCAACUUUGGAUUCGGCCCCUAAAUCGUGAUAAUCUUUGGCUAUAUCCCCAGUUCCGCACCAUUUCGUGCCUAAAAUUUAAAAAAAAAUUAUUUAGAUCUGUUUUUGAGUUGAUUUGUUAGCGGCAAACGCACAAUGAAUAACAUCACAUUCGUUCAAGUUUAACUGAUGCGGAAAGCACCGAAGUGACAUAAAAAUAUUAUUUAUUUAUAUAAAGUAACAAAAAGUGUUAAUGAAUAAUCCUUGCGUGAUUCCGACCCCUUGCGAAGAUUUAUCCGGCGAUGGAAGGUGGAUGAGUCUCCAUAAGCGUUAUGUGCAAGAAGCGAAAUCGAGCGAACCCGAAAUCGUAUUUAUUGGAGACUCGAUUAUCCAUCAAAUGCAAUUCAGCACGUUGUGGAACGAAAAAAUCAGUUCUUUGCAUUGUUUGAAUUUCGGGAUCGGCGGAGAUCGCGUUGAAAACGUUUUGUGGCGUUUACAAAAUGGGGAGUUGGAUUUUCACGUGAAAUUAAAGGCGAUCGUUUUGUUUGUUGGUACGAAUAACACGGAUUGUACCCCCCACGAAGUUUAUGAGGGGAUUUUGGAGAUCAUUAAAACGAUUCGGCAUAAAUUGGGAAAUGAAGUUGGAAUUGUUUUGCCCACCAUGUUACCACGCGGACAAUUCCCGAAUCCCUACCGAGAAAGGAUGGAUCACGUCAAUCUAUUUCUACUCGAUAAAUUUACAAACGACGGAAAUGCUGAUGAUUUAACUAUAAACGUUCACAUCGUUAGUAUUCACGAGAAUAUUGUUAGAAGUGACCAAACCAUUUCGCAUCAUCUACUAUACGAUUAUUUACAUUUAUCGGAUUCUGGGUACUCGAAGAUUUUCGAGCCGGUUUAUAAAACGUUAUUGAAAGUUUUAGAAAACUCUAUCUAAAAAAUCAUUAAAUAAAUACUAUAAUUUAAUU